AUGCAGCCUCCUCUUUCAUUCCUCUCUCUCUCUCUCAUCAGCACAAAAACCAGAGCAUCGUCCAUGGCCGAGCGCCAGGUUCAAAUCCACUCGCAGCGGCCCAAAAUAGGCCCAUCGGCUGCCCAAGUGCUGGCCGUCGUCGCCCUCGUCCCCCUCGGCGCCGCCCUUCUCUUCCUGGCGGGCCUCACCCUCGUCGGAAGCCUUGUCGCUCUCGCCGCCGCCACCCCUCUGUUCCUGAUCUUCAGCCCGGUACUGCUGCCAGCGGCCGUCGUUAUUGGGCUCGCUGUGUUUUCAUUUCUGGUCUCCGGAGCACUUGGGCUCACCGGGCUCUCAUCCCUGUCAUCCUUCUUCGAUUUCGUCCGGGAGGCCCGCGCCACCUUGCCGGGCCAGCUGGACCGGGCCAAGAUUCGCAUGCAGGAGAUGGCGGGUCAGGUGGGCCAGAAGACCCGGGAAAUGAGCCAGACAGUCCAGAGUAUGGCCCACGAAGCCGGUCGGACCUGAGAAGGAAGAAAUGAAGCUUAACACAGAGAAGGGGAAUGGGCUGAACAGGAGGGCGUAUCUAUGGAUAGUAUGCAGUUGUUUUGAUGGACCGAGUCAAUUUGGGUUGUGGCCCAAACUUUUUAGAAAUAAAGAAAAGGGGGCUGUUGUGAUUUGGUGUGUCCCUAUAUAUUUACGGGAUUUGGUAGAGUAAUUAAUGCAAGGGAAAGUAGAUGAUGAAGAAGCUAGGGCAGGCAUGUCAUCAAUAUAUAAGAAUAGGGUGGUAUGGUUUGUAAUUCCUAUGAGGAGUAAUAAUGGAAUAGAAUUGUUUUGCAAUGUAAUUUAAUAAGAGUUUUAGUUUUCUUUAAUA